AUAUAUAUAUACAGCAAACCCGGUUACCUUCUGUCCACAUAUUCGCUUCAGGAUUUUGGGUUAUUACUGUUCAGCAUGCAGCUCUGUGCUACGCUCACUGUUGUCGGGCUCCUGGUAAUGGGGUCACGGGCGCAGGGGGUUAUGCCCAGCGUUAGCUUCCCUCCCUGCGAUUCCCCGGAGGCUGAAGCAGCUGCUCUGGUGGCACAGGAUUUCCUCAAUGCUCAACACACACACGGUUACAAAUAUGCCCUCAAUCAAAUUGAGGAAAUCAAGAUCGUCUCCAUGCCACUUCAAGCGGAUACGUAUCAUCUGGAGUUGGAUUUUCUGGAAACUACGUGUCAUGUCUUGGAUCCAACGCCAGUGAGCCUUUGUCCAGUCAGAGAAAAAGUUAAUACGGCAGUUGAGGCAGAUUGUGAUUUUGUACUUGCAAAUACAACUCAAGGUCUGUCUGUUGUGGCAUUCAAGUGUAAAACUGAGACGGAAUCAAAUGAAUGCUUAGGCUGCCCUCAACUCGUUCGUUUAAAUGACACCGAUGGCCUCCAACUCAUUGCAUCCUCUUUAGAUUAUUUCAAUAAAAAUAAUACUCUAAACACAAAGUUUGCACUCCUUGAAAUUGGACGCAUAACAUCCCAGAUUGUCAGUGGUGGACGUCGGUACUUUGCAGAAUAUGCCAUUAUUGGGACAAACUGCACAAGUCAAGAUGAUGAUAUAUGCAUUCCUCAGAAUCACAAUGUUGCUAUCCAUGGCCUCUGUCUAGCUGAAGGUUCUGCCAAACUGAAUGAUGUUGACUGCAAAAUCUUUGGCCCAACCCAAGCUGUGGAUCCAGCAAGCAACGCCACAGUGCAAGUCCAAAAACUUCUGCAUGCACACACCUUUGGACCUCAGCAGAACCCUUCCAUCCACAGCCUCAAACAUCACAAGCUGACAGCAAUCCAUGACCCCUCGGCCAGCGGCCUGCUCUCGGCAGAAUCCUCUGAAUCAGCCGAAUCAGUCGAGGUGGUGCCAAAGCUAGCUGCUGUUGUAAAGAGGGAGGUCCCUGCAACAGAAGGGCCAGCAGUAGAUGCAGCAGCGUCAGAAAAAACACCUGUUCUUUUAAAGCCGGUUUUCCUCGCUCCAAUUUGUCCAGGAAAAAAUAAACAUUUCUGACCUGGUAAAAUUUCAUGACCAUAUACGGAUGACAUUAACUAAUCUUGUUCUGAGGUAGCCACCAAACUAGUAAGUGCAGUAGGUCACUUGUAUAAACAAAACUGCCCUUUUUGUUAAUCAAUAAAGGCUGUGCCUGUUACUGUGGUGCUGUAAUAAAAUGUAACUGUUUAUGAAUCUGUGUUUAAUACAUUUUAUAAUAAGCAGCAUUUUCACCUUUCAAAUUAUGAAAAUAGUUUGAAAUGUUCAAUAACAAAAAAAGGUUUGUGCAGAUUUUCAUCGUAAGAUCUCACUUAUUAUCUCCCAUUAGGAAUGAUCACUUAUUGAUGUCAUUCUGUCACAGGAUGGGAGUCAUAUCUUUAUCACACUCUUCACAGAAAUGGCUUUGAGGAAAAAGUCUGUUCAUGGACACUGUAUAUUUUAAAUGGGCCUAUACAACAUUCAUAAGUGAGACACAGAUUUUCUUGUAUUUUUUAUAAAUUUUGUGCAUCAUAGGUAAUAUUCCCAUUCUAAUACGGAGCCUAUUCAAAAUGUAUUAAUUCUGCUGAACUGUCAUUUUACAAUAAAAACAUUGUCAGGUUGAAGGCAAACUGA